CGUCCUAAUGGCGGGAACCGGGACACCCUGCCCCGAGGCCCCGCCCUCCGCUCGCUCCGGCCCCAUCGCUCGCUCUCACCGGGCAGGGGCGUGCGGGCUUCGGCUGGCGACGCAGGUAAUGAGUGAAAGUGAGGAUGACUGGCUCUCUCUUAUGCCCACUGAACCCUUGCAAUCUCAGUGCUGUGGCAGUGGCUGCAAACCGUGUGUCUAUGAUGUGUAUCAGAAGGAGCUAGCCCAGUGGGAAGAAGCCAAAGCAAAGAAAGACAGAAGCCUCCUGACCAAACAGAAGGAGGAGAGUAGUAAUUCAGAAUUAAAUCCAGAUACAUUUACUGCUUUCAAGAUAAGCUCUGUGGAACAGCUAACAGAGGACACCUACCAGUAUAAAUUUGAGCUGCCAGGAAAUAGCAGCCUGGGAUUGAGUUUAGGACAACAUAUUGUGUUAAGAGGGAUGGUGAAUGGUUUGGAGGUUCAGAGAGCUUAUACUCCAGUUAGCCCUGUAAACGCUGAAGGAUACUUUGAAGUUUUAAUAAAAUGCUACAAGGCUGGGCUAAUGUCACAAUAUAUAAAAUCCUGGAUUGAAGGAGACACAGUCUUUUGGCGAGGGCCAUUUGGAGGCUUCCCAUAUAGCCCUAAUCAGUAUGGAGAACUUCUUAUGCUUGCCUCUGGAACUGGCAUAGCACCAAUGCUCCCCAUUCUCCAAUACAUAACAGAAAAUGAAGAUGAUGAAACCUUUAUAACCCUGGUUGGUUGCUUCCGGACUUUUGAAAAUAUUUACUUGAAACCUCUUCUCCAAGAUCAGUCUCGAUACUGGAACGUCAGAACAUGUUACGUCCUUAGCCAGGAAUCUUCCCUGGAAAAACUUCCUUGGAGCUAUCAAGAAAACACACACACUGGCCAUAUAACUGAGAACUUGAUUAAGAAAAUGAUAAAUUCCUGUAGAAGAAAGCCAUUUGUGCUGAUUUGUGGCUCGGUAGAAUUUAAUGAAGAUAUGACUAGAUAUCUGAAAGCCAUAGGACUCAAAGAGGAUUCCUAUUUUGUAUUUUAGCAGCGUGUUCCAGACCUGCUUCCUCUGAAAAGAAGUGCAGACCAAGCAUGCACCUGUUUGCCGUUUCCUAUGCAAACAUCAAUUUGAACUUGUCCUUUGACCUGUUUGGGUUUCUCAUGCAUAUAUUUUCAUAUGCUUUUGUAUAAAAUAUUUUAUACAGUGUCUUUAAUAUAAUUCUUACUAUAUUAUUUUUAAAAUCCCUAUAGGCCAGCUGACAAAGCAUACCUGCCACAAUAACAUGGCACAGCCAGGAAAGAGAAGAAUGGUAGUGGAAGCACUAACUCAGAAUUUCAUGAAAGAGACAUUUAGCAUUACUAUUACCUCAUUUUUUUGUGUCAUCACUUUCAUUUUCUAAAUAAAAAGGAGCAGGUAAGUAACUCUGCUCUGAUCUGUGCAUGGUUGUCACGGUACUAACACCCUGAAAGCCAUUUAGGUCUACCGUGUCACUGUGCACUAUUGGGAACUCUUAAUCCAGAGGUUAUUGCCGUAAGGGACUUUAAAUGUAUGUCUACACUGCACAAAAGACCAGGCUUUGAUGCAGCUUUGAACCUGAACCCCAUUCCAAAUCAGUCUGAUUCAGGUCAGCAAGCACUCAGGACGCAGGUCCUAGGACCCUCAUAGGGCAGUGGGUCAGAGCCCGACUCCUGCUGUGACUCAAGUCCAAGCCCUCUCGUUUUGCAGUGUGAACACAGGUCAGACCACAGAUCCAAGUCAGAAGGUCUGCAUAGUGUAAUAGCAUUGAUGCGUUAACACGGCUGUGAGACCUGGAUCCAGGAGUCCAUGAGUCCGGGUCCCGCAGACCCAGGUUUACAAUGCAGUUAGACAUAUCCUAAUACGUCUGGUCACUGGGCAUUUAUUAAGCCUUGCCCCAUGAUGUAUUGAUGCACUGGUAUGGGUUUGCACGGUGUACCCAAAAAAUGUAAAGUCCUUUAUCAUUUGUGUACAACACUUCACGUGGAGAAUAAAAAUGUAUCCUAAAAAUC